CGGGAGGCGUCACACAGACCGCUCUGUCACCGGAUCAGUCCCGACCUGCCCUCCCGGCUGCGGCGCCGCUCCAGCACCGGGACUCACCGGGACCCGGUCCAGACUGUUUUAUGUUUUUUUGGGAGGGGGUGCACGCGCUGCAGCCGCACUUUUUUUUCUCUCUUCCUCGCUGCUUCUGUCCUUCAGCGCGAGGAAACACGGACUCUCUCCGGGAGCGGGGAGGAGCAGCGGAGCGGAGCCGGAUCGAGGAGCCCAUGCGGACUGGACUGACUUAUCAAUGAAGCAGGAGAUCAUGGCGGAGGGUCCCCGCUGCAAGAGGCGAAAACAGGCCAACCCCCGGAGGAAGAACGUGUUGAACUAUGAGAACGUGGUGGAGACGGGCUCGGAGACAGACGAGGACGACAGGACGCUGGUCCCGGAGGACAAUGACCUCGCUAACGGAGGAGCAGGAGGAGGUGAGGACGAAGAGGCGGGCAGCCCGGCCGGCGUUCCCACUCUGGAGGCGUCGCCCCGGGUCGGCCACGCCCUGCUGUCGUACCGGGGCCAGGAGGGCUCUGAGGGCCGGGAGGGACUACAGAGCCGCCACCACCACGGCUGGACACUCGGAGACGACACCAACGGACUCCUGAAUGGCAACGACGACAGGAAGGACGAGUACGAGCCCAUCGGGCCGGAGGCGUCGCUGCACGCCGUGGGAAACGCUGCAGAGAGUCGACUGGAGGGCGUCUCCGAGCUGGACGAGUAUUUUCUGAAACGUAAGCUGGAGGAGGGCGACGGUCACCCAGCGACCAUCGCCGAGUACCUGCAGCGCAGCGACACCGCCGUCAUUUACCCUGAAGCUCCAGAGGAGGUGACGAGGCUGGGCACGCCCGAGGCCGUCGGACAGGACGAGAGCGAGCACGACCUGCCGCCGGGCGCUCCUGACGACUUCGCCCAGCUGCUCACCUGUCCGUACUGUGACCGCGGCUACAAGCGUCUGACGUCCCUGAAGGAACACAUCAAGUAUCGCCACGAGAAGAACGAGGAGAGCUUCGCCUGCCCGCUGUGCGCCGACACCUUCAACCACCGCACACAGCUAGAGCGUCACAUGAUCACGCACAAACCCGCCAGAGACCAGCCGCCGCUGUUGAACGAGGAAGCUGGAAACCGCAAGUUUAAAUGCAGCGAGUGUGGAAAAGCCUUCAAAUACAAACAUCACCUGAAGGAGCAUCUUCGUAUUCACAGCGGUGAGAAGCCGUACGAGUGCUCCAACUGUAAGAAGCGGUUCUCCCACUCCGGUUCCUACAGUUCCCACAUCAGCAGCAAGAAAUGCAUCGGCCUGAUAGCCGUCAACGGACGAGUACGCAACGGAAACAGCAGCAAGCCCAGCUCCUCCCCAAAUUCAACCGCCUCAUCGCCGGGGAGCCCCGCCCUCACCCAGCUCCGCCACAAACUGGAAAAUGGACGACCACUCGGCCCUCCAGACCAGCAGGGUCAAAUCGACAUCAAAGCCGAGCCGAUGGACUUCAACGAGUACCGGCUGCUGAUGGCCUCUCAGCACGGGUUUGGGGGACCGGGGGUUUACCUGAACGGCCGUGGUGGAAGCCCACUCGGCAUCCACAGCUCCUCUCAGAGCCCCCUUCAACACCUGGGAGGCAUGGGGCUAGACCUCCCCCUGCUUGGCUACACGGGCGCUCUUGGGAACAACCUGAGCGAAGUUCAGAAGGUGCUUCAAAUUGUGGAUAACACGGUGUGCAGACAGAAGAUAGACAGGAAUCCAGAGGAAAUCUCCAAGCUCAGGGCCUACAUGAAGGAGCUGGGUGCCCAAAUGGAGGAGCAGAAGCUGGUCCAGGCUGGCCUUCAGGUGGUGGGCCACAGCAGCCCCACAAAAAGCAUUAUUGACUACACACUGGAGAAGGUUAACGAGGCCAAAAGUUUAAUCGACGACUCCAAGAGGCAAGUGGAUAUCAAGAAGGAGAAAUCAAACCACUCAGUGGAUCUCAGUGUGGAGGAGAAAUCCCAUGACGGCCAGAGCCAGUUCCUUCCAUUCUCCUGCCAGUACUGCAAGGAGACUUUCCCUGGGCCCAUCCCACUGCAUCAACAUGAGCGCUACCUAUGUAAAAUGAACGAGGAGAUCAAAGCAGUCCUGCAGCCAGCCGAGAGCACUCCUGCCGGCCGCCGGGGGACGCUGCCCUCUGAGCUGCUCAGUAACGAGUGUGCCACCAGCCCCAUCAACCCCUUCAAGGACCACGUGUCAGUGCUCAAGGCCUAUUUUGCCAUGAACACUGAGCCCAACUCGGAGGAACUGCUCAAGAUUUCGACUGCUGUUGGCCUUCCUCAAGAGUUUGUGAAGGAGUGGUUUGCCCAGUGGAAGGGCCAAAACCAUCACAGAGGCAGUCUGAGGAAAAAGUCGCCCCCUCCUGACUGCAGUGGACCGGACAGCAAGCACAGCUUGAACCAGUCACCAAUGUCACUCCCUGCCGUAGAUUUACACGGAAGCUUCACUAACGGCGACGCCUCUCACGGACUCACGAAAGCCAACCAGUUUACAGCCAACAGGCAGACAACAGGGGACAAACCACUAGACCCCUUGGACCACCUGAGGAGCAGCACUCCGUCACCCCUCAACCUUUCUUCUACUUCCUCCAAAAACUCUCAGAGUAGUUCUUACACUCCAAACAGCCUAGCUUCUGAGGAUGCCCAUGGGGAUAUACCACUAGAUCUGUCGCUGCCCAAACACAUGGCGCAGAGGCUUGUUACUGUAGGAGAGAAGCGACCCAGACCCAACGGUUUCAUCAUUGCGCACAACGGAGAGGCGCAAGGACGCGAACAGGGUUCCGGGCCUUUGGACCUGGUCAACAUCAAGAAAGAGGUUCUGGGUUCUGAUGGUGGAGGGCACUCUGUCCACCAGCUGGAGAAAAGCACCAGUCCUAUCUUUGGGAUUAAUCCCUUCGCCGGCGGUCCUGUCUACACCUCCCUGCCGCCUCAUGGAGCAUUUCCUCCACCCACCUUCAUGUCUCCUGCACAGGCCACCAUCCCAGGCCUCAGGCCCUACCCUGGCCUCGACCCCAUGAGCUUCCUGCCCCACAUGGCCUACACCUAUGCCACCGGGGCGGCCACAUUUGCUGAAAUGCAGCAGAGGAGAAAGUACCAACGGAAAUCAGGUUUCCAGGGGGAGCUGCUGGACGGGACGGCGGACUAUCUGUCAGGCCUGGACGACCUGACAGACAGCGAUUCGCUGCUCUCCAGGAAGAAGAUUAAGAAGACUGAAAGUGGUAUGUACGCGUGUGACUUGUGCGACAAAACAUUCCAGAAGACCAGUUCCCUCCUAAGACACAAAUAUGAGCACACAGGUAAACGUCCCCACCAGUGUCAGAUCUGUAAGAAGGCCUUCAAACACAAACACCAUCUCAUCGAGCACUCGCGCCUGCACUCCGGAGAGAAGCCCUACCAGUGCGACAAGUGCGGCAAACGCUUUUCGCACUCGGGCUCGUAUUCGCAGCACAUGAACCACCGGUACUCCUACUGCAAGAGGGAGGCCGAGGAGCGUGAGGCGGCCGAGAGGGAGGCGCGGGACAAGGGUGGAGGAGGAGGCGUGGUGGUGGGAGGUCUGGAGCCCACCGAGCUGCUGAUGAGGAGGGCCUACCUGCAGGGGCUGGGGCCGCUCAGAUAUUCAGACCCCGAGGACCAGCAGGAGGAGGACGGUGGCGGUAUGAUCCUAAGGGACGCGGGCGAGGGAGGAGGACGCGGAGGGCAGGAAGUGGACGACAAGACGUACGAGGAGGUGACAGAUAGACGGGAGGCAAGUUUCAGGGAAGGAGAGGAGGAAGAGGAGGAGGAGGAGGAAGGUGACAGCAGGAGCCAGAUGGACUCGACAAGGGACGAGGAGGGCAAAGACACAACGCAGCUGACGGACGAGAGUUCACGAGAAGGGAAGACAGACGGCAAGUCAGACCAGAAGGACUGAUCCAGAAAAUCUAAAAUCACAGAAAGAAAAAAAAAAAGAAGCUUUGGAACAUUUGUGUUGUUGGUGCGAUUCAGCUUCUCCUGAUCCUGCGUUUUUAUGGAGCUGUACAAAAAUGAUCUGUGGUGGAGGGGCAGUAUGGGGGGGGGGCAGUGGAGGCUUCUCCAUUCAUCUCUAUCAAAUUUUAUACUUUAUUUUUUAUUUUGUUCUGUGAAUUCUGUAAAAUAACAGAGCAGAAAAGAAUAAUGAAAAUAUUUGUGACCUUAGACUUACCAGGUUAAAAAAACACGUGAAGUUCACGCGUUCCUGUUACCAACGUUUCACCGAUGUUUAAACUUUUAUGACUAAAUUUUGAAGAAGGUUCUGUCUCUGAGUCAUUUGUUCAGCAGAAAAUGUUGCUGAACAUGAUAAAAUAUUCUUUUAGCCCUUUUUUUUACCGUUAGCUAUCACGCUAGACGCAGCUCAUGCUAACAUGUUUACAAAAAUUGAUUUUCUUAUUAGCAACAGUGACGCCACUCUACCUGCUAUGAACUGUGUCUGAAGUCAUGGUGAAACAGUGAUACCUCUCACCUGUGCAGGUAUAAAAAAAAAGAUUGAAAACUAAUCAGAAAAGAAGAAAAGCGACAAACUGGUGGAACGUAGAACGCGGAGGGAGAACGGAUCAACAGAAACAUUUCUGGUGGUGAUGAUGUUGAACUGAGUAACUUUCUGUCGUUGGACUGAAGUCUCAAACUAAUUGUCCUCAGAAAACCCCAUUUUAAGGUGUGACAUGGUGUCGCUGAUCUGCAUAUUAUUCUCUUCUAUUAUAUUAUUAUGUGUUUUAUCUAAAAAAUAAGAGAAGAGCAAAAAAAAAAGUCUCAAACUCAAAGAAAUUCACUUUGAAAAACACAACUUUAACAUUUAAGAAGCUGGAACCAGCAGAUCUUGGUUUUUUACUUCAAAAAUAUUGAUUGACUGUUUGAUUAAUCAACUAAUCGUUGCAGCUCCACUUCGCUGUGUGUCAGUGUUUCUGCUUUGAAUGUGAAAAUCACGGAGCUCAGUAGAUUUUACAGAUUGUGUCUUGACAACUCAAAGGUCACGAAAUAUUUACUGGCUGCCGACCUGUUCGGUGAAACGAGAUGAAACCGGAGGCUGUGCUCGUGUCCCACAGAGGACAAAGAAGACGGUCCGGAGAGGACCAGCGCCACUGGGGAGGGAGGGUCUUUUUCCCCCUUUGUCUCUGACCCUUAAAUAAUUUUUGUACAGUCUCUGAGUGGAGAUGCAACAUGUGGACCGCCAACAUCCACGUCAUGAAGCUGGGUGGGAUUGUUUAAAAAUCCACAUUAUGCAAAAAAAAAAGAAAGAAAGAAAGAAAUGAAAUAAAAGAA